AUGUCGACCAACUUCAUUUCGAAAGUUGCAAUCAUUGGCGCUACCGGCCGAAUUGGUGGCGCAUUCGCUGAGGCACUUGUCAAAACAGGCAAGCACACCGUCACUGGUCUGACCCGCGAAGGUAGCGAUGGUGUCCUUCCAACAGGUGUCAACGGUGUUCCUGUCAAUUACGAUGACGAAGCCUCCCUUGUCAAUGCCUUGAAAGGCCAGCAGUUCCUUGUCAUCACACUGGGUGCCCGCGUUGAGGAGGAAGUCCAUCAGAAAAUCGUCGCCGCUGCCAGCAAAGCCGGCAUACAGUACAUCAUGCCAAACGCAUACGGAUACCCCUUGGAUUUGGAUACAGAAAAUGUCUACGCGCAGACAGUUGUAAAGCGUGUCAAGGAUACCAGGAGCACUGGCGCAUCCUGUAUCACUCUUCCCUGUGGAUUCUGGUACGAGUGGAGUCUCGCUACUGGAGAACAAUGGUUUGGUUUCAGAAUCAACCAGCGCAAGGUUACCUUCUUCGAUGACGGAAAACGAGUCAUCACCGUUAGUACAUGGGACCAAUGUGGUCGUGCCUUGGCUGCGCUGCUGAGUCUACCUGAAUCAGGAGCUAGUCCCUCAAUUGCGGACUAUGUGAAUGAUGAAGUGCGCAUUUACAGCUUCCGGGUCUCUCAACGAGAUAUGCUGGAUAGUCUGCACCGUGUUCUGGGCACCACAGAUGCGGACUGGGAAAUCACCUAUGAGCCUGUUGUGCAGCGUAUCAAGGAUGGAGCAGCGGAGAUGGCGCAGGGAUCCAUUCUUGGAUUUGGAAAGGUCUUGUACGGUGGAGUCUUCUUGUCCUCGAACGAGUCGAGUGAUUUCGCGAUCACUACUUCGACUGCAAAUGAUGCUCUCGGUUUGCCUACUGAGGAGCUUGAUGAAGCGACAAAGCGGACCGUUGAGAUGGUUGAGGGCGGAUGGAACCCUUUCAACUUCCCACAGUGA